AUGCGGGGCUUGUCCCGGCGCGGGCGCUUUCUCGCCUUCGCCAUCGUCCUGGCAUCGCUGAGUGUUUGUCUUCUGGCCCUCUUCGGCCAUAAGGAGACGCCCUUUCUCACGGUGCAGGGCGAUGUGAUUUUCACCUUCCCCGGGAACACGCGACACCGAUCGGCCCCGACCCAGUCGACCUCGCCGAUGUACCAACAUGCCCGGCCGGAGGGGGAUCCCGACAACAUGCCCCGGCCGACCGGGUUCGACAUUGACCGCAUCAUCAAGCAAUUUGAGGAUGCUCGGCCGAAGGAACUCGACGACGAGUCCGGCAUCCUGGAUGAGAAGGCGGUCGAGGAUCUCCUGUCACUGGAUCCGGAAUGGGCCCAACGGCCGGCAGCACCGCGCAAGCCCACCCAAGCGCCACCGGCCGCGGUGGUGGCGGAACCUACGAUCCCCCCGGCCGCCGCCCCGACGGUGACGCCGACCCCUGCUCCGACAGUGGCGGCCGCUAAGCCGUCGGCCGAUCCGGACAUCGAGCUUCCCCUGCUGGAGGCGGAGCUCGACCAGAAGUCCGACAGCGACAAGGACGAGGAGGAGGAGGAGGAGGAGGAAGAGGGCGAUUUCCUGGCCUCCCCCACCGACAAGCCGGCGGAGGACAAGCCGGCCGGCUCGAAGGCAGCUGCCAAGCCGGGCUCCGCCAAGGACGACGGCUUUGUCGAUGUGCUCGACGAAGGCCCAGGUGAUGAGCUUGAGGAGGGACCGGGCGAAGUUCGGCCCAGUGAGGCGCUUCUCACCGGCGAUGGAGCUCGGUGCCCCUCACUCGACAGCACCCGUCUUCGGAGCAUCCUCCCGCCAGAGCGCUUCUCGCUGACGGAGCCCCGGGUGUCGUCGCUCAACCAGACCUUCUUGGAGAUUGACAUUCGGCCAUCGCCGGACUUCUUCUGCGGGCUCAAGCCGUGCGACGAUACGGAAACCUGCAAUGGGUUCACAUUUUUCGAUACGACCAUCCAGGCGCACGGCCUGGUUCUUGGGCCCCAUAGCGUGCAGCAUAUGCCACGCCAUGGUGGACAGUACCGCAUGCUUUUCAAGGUUCCCUAUCCGGGUGAGUGGCACAUCAACACGGACUUGACCAUCUUCAAUUACACCCGAGUCUUCGAGCACCACCCCCAUCGGCCACGGUUCCUGGAGAGCUGGGUCGGAAGCGUGGAUGUGAAGAAGCUUUAUCCGGAGCAGUACUUCAAGCAAAGCGUCCGGAACUCGCCCAUCCUGGCGGCCAUUCCAUCUGCCGGAUCGAUGCAGCCAAUCACCGUGCGCAACCCAGCCAUGUACUUUGUGGCCGGACAUCACAAGGGACACAAGCUUCUCAGCGAGAAGCAGUAUGUCGAUGGGUCCGCCAAUACCGACGACAUGGAUGUCGAGGCGGCCCUGGCUGCGGCGCGGACCUUCCAACAGGAAGUGAAGGAGUCGCGCCAGGAGCUGCCUCUUUGCCGGGAGCCGGAUAUCUUUGAUCCGGACCGCCCGUAUGGGUUCUGGAAUACGCGGACAUACGAGUGGUUCCACAUGGGCUGCCGGCUGAAGCGGUUCCCAGACCGAACCUCGAUGGAGUAUGUCCACGAGCACGAACGCCAAUUGCCCUCGAUCUUGGAGCACUUCCGCCGUCAGUGGAUCCGCAUUGUGGGCGAUUCCAACUCGCGGCAUCUGUUCCUUCUCCUUUGCGAGCAUGGAAAGGCGAAUGUGGUCGACAGCGAGGACAAGAAGGGCAAGGCCUGCUACAUCAGCUCGCACGACCUGGCCGUGACAUACUUCUCCUGGUGGCCGAUUCACACGCAGAAUGUCACGGAACAGCUCCUCCUCCAGGGAGUCAGCGAUGACAUGCAACAGAUGGCCGACGGCUCGGACCUGAGCCUGAUCGUGGGCGAUGAUGAGGAUGCCGAGGAUCGCCUCCUCGGAAUGGACAUGCGGGCCCCGCAUGCCACCCUCAUUAGCACCGGCACCCAUUCGUACCAGGACACCAUGCGCGAGGGCCCCGAAGUGUGGAGCUACUUGCGGACAUACGCCCGGCACUUGGCCCGCCUGGACCGGGAACGGUCCUCCGGCGAGGCCGGGCUCUUCGGCUCGACCGGCACGGACAAGCCGGCUCGCAUCAUCCUCCUGGACACGACGGCCAGCAAUCCCAAGUGGCUGGACUCCCGCCCGGGCCAGUUCGAUGGGGUGUUCCUGUUGCAGAACAAUGCCCGACUGAAUUUCCGAAAUCGCCGUCUCCGAGAAAUCCAAGCCGAAGAAACGGACCCCGAUGUGCUGGAGCGCAUUCGCAUCAUGGAGAUGUAUCGUCUGACGGAGCCGGUGGCAACCGGGUCGCUGCUGCGCGAUGCGGUGCACCUCCACUGGCACUAUUACUUGGGCUUGUUGGAGGUCCUCUUCAACGGCAUCGCCGGCGGCAAGUGGCCAAGCCCCGAGUCGCCCCCGGUACCGACCGAGUGAAGGGGGCCCAGAAAGAGAGACGGAGACCCGGGCAGAAAGAGAGCGAGGGAGAGGAAGAGCGAGAGAGACAGAGAGAGAGAGAG